AUGAACGGCCAGCCGUCAGCAGCUCCCCAGGCAGCGCCUCAGGCUGCUCUCAACGGUCCCGGGCCCUCGUCAACCGCACCCACUGCUUCACUUCCAGGAAACCGUCCAGCUGGACAGAAUGGACAGCCGCCCCGUCCUAGAAGGCGCCGCCCGCCACCGGAUCCCAUGCGCACCCCAUAUCGGCCAUUGAAGACCAUCGCUCGACCGGUCGUCUCCUUGACAGACAUGAACACUCCUGACAAGCAGACUCGUGCUGCCGGGGCAAGUGAAACUGAUAACGGCAUACCCGUACCAGUGCUUCGCCAAGAGUACCUGACGAAGGUCGAGGGAGAGACUAUAGCACUUCCUCUGGUGAUGAGACGCGGCGAUGUGAAAGAGCUCCGCCAUCAUAUCAUGAGGCUCCAGUCACGGACACGAAUCGAUAUACAAGACGAGAAACAGUUCACACAACCGAUCCGCCUUCACCGCCGAGAUCCGCGCGCUCCGCCCAGUGGCGCUGGAUCCCACUUCGAGGAGGAGGAGACUGUAGAGGAUCUUGAGGAGCAGAAGGAGAAGGAGCGGAUAGAGAUCCUGAAGGAGGAACGCCGGCGGGUCCGCGAGGAGAAUCAGGCUAAGAUUGCGCCGACGGGGAAGAAGAAGGCUCCGGCUUUUCAGAAGAAGACGGAGCAGAAGUUCAGAGCCGAUGACACGCCGGAGGCGGAGAAGCGGCGGUUGCUGAAAUACGAGGAGACACUACCUUGGCACCUGGAGGACUUCGACAACAAGCAAACGUGGUAUGGCACCUACGAAGCCGAGUUAUCCGAGGCCCACGUUAUGCUCACCACCGCCUACGAGAACGGGCGCGACGUCAUGCAAAUCGUUCCUCUUGAGAGGUGGUACAAAUUCGCCGUUAAGGGCAAGAUAAAGCAGACGGGCGAGCAGGAGGAGGACCCGCUCAAGAAAGAGGAGAAACUCCCUGACUUUUUGAACAAGAUAGAGCAGAAAAGCAUCAAGAGGGAGCAAGAGCUUGCCAUGAAGGAAAUGAGGCGCCUGAGAGGCCGUGUGGGUGCGGGUGACGAUGAUGAAGGGGCCCCUCCCCGAAUGCGAACUGGAGACGAUGAGCCCAUCGUCAAGCGCGAGGCGGAUGCGGAUGACAUCGACUUCAACUACGAGGAAGACUUCGCCGAUGACGAGGAAGGGGUAAACGGACUGUUCGAGGGCGAGGAAGCCGACGUCAAGGAAGCAGAGGAGAAGCUGAGGCGUGAACGAUUGGCCGCCGCAGCAUUCGACCUGCGAAACGAAGCUGAAGUCUAUAGGCAGGAAGAGCUUGAGCGGCAGGCGGCCGAGAAUGCGAGAAAGCUCGAGAAGAGCAUCCGCAAAGCUUUGAUCAAGAGGGAGAAGAAUCCCGACUACGACUACCGGUCGGAUCGCUCGAAUCCGUACGAGAGCUCGUCCGACGACCUGGAGACGGAUUCGGAAACCGAGCGGCAAAGGGCCAAGGAGGAGGAGGAAAGGAAAGCCGCUGAGCAGAAUGGAAAAGUGGAGGCCGACAAACCCGGUUCGGGUGCUUCUACGAGGGGUACCAACACACCUUCUGGUAAUCACAGGCCUGUUGAUUUCAACAAGAAGAAGCGGCCUGGCUCUCCCAACCUCUCCGAGGCCAGUGGCAACGAAUCAUCGCGCAAGAAGCACAAGAAGAAGCACGAGAGGAACGUUGACGGAACGCGGAAGUCGCAUCUCAAUGACAUGGCGAAGCGAACUGCAGCGUCCGGUAGCGAUACGGAAAUGACGGACGCUGGCAGGCCCAAGAGCAAACUCAAGCUCAAGCUCGGUACAACUCCAAGCGGGACUCCUGGUGGCAGUCGAGCGGCCAGCCCAGCCGCACCACAGGUCAAUGGCAGCAGGGCCGGUAGUCCUGCUCGUGCUGCCGCAGCCCCACAACAAAAAGCUCUACCUUCUGCAUUGGAGAUUUACAAGGCGCUUCCUCCUGAAGGCAUGACCAUCACGGGGUUGAUCGCCGCAUUCAAGGGGCGCGUGGAUAAGACCAACACGCAAGCGUUCAUCAAGCUCGUCAAGGCGGUCUCCAGCUUCGACAAGGCGCGCAGCUGGCUCACUCCCCUGCCGCAGAUGCCGGCCGAACAUGAGAUUCAGAGCAAACUGCAGCGCAACGCAGCGCCCAAGAACCCAGCUGGGACUCCGUCUGCGGGAAACUAA